GGAUGCACAAUUGAGCAAAUGGAAACGCCUGUAUUAAACACGUCUGAUGUGCAUCCGCUGCCAGAGAAUGUCACCUGCCUGGCAUUAUCAGAAGAUGGUCUGUACAUGAGUAUUGGCCACUCCAGAGGACUGUCUCUGUGGUGUGCGUCCUCUUUCAGGUGUGCUGCAGAGUGGUCACAAGACAGGACAGAAAUAACAUCUAUUCAAAUGACCAAAGUGGCAGAGGAGACUUACUUGCUUGGAACGAUUGAUGACAUGGGUGUUGCCAGAAUCCUAAUAUUUUGGUCAGAAAUGAUUAAUCUUCUCAGCAUCAUUAACACAAUGGAGAAUAUCAACAAUCGAAGUAUUUGCAUCUCACUUCAGUUGUCUCGGGGAGGAGAUUAUGGCAUUGCUUCACUGAGCUGCAAUGGUGCUGUUUGGCUUGAAGUAUUUUAUUUUCCAACCGAGUCAUGGCUUAGGGAGUUGGGAUCUGCUUUUUCUCAAAAACAAGAUUCAAAUGCUACAAAAGUAUCAGAAGUUAACUGGUCUCCUGUUGCAGUGAUAAAUAAAAUCAAGCCACUACAUUGUGUGUUGGACACUGUUUCAGAAAGUCCCUCUCAGUUUGACUCACAUUGUCUGGCCUUGGAUGGAAAGUGUAGUGUGGCAGGAGCCUGUACUGUACACUUUCUUCUGCCAUUAUCUGGUGAGAGAAAAGAGAACACAGACUUGCCUAAUGCUUUCUGCAUGUGGUGGAGUGGAAGCAAACAUCUUCUUCAGUUCUCACUCCAAAAAGCAGCCAAAAACAAAUCUGAUUUUCAAUGUUUGCCUGGAGUGUUAUGGCCAAAUGCAAAUAAAAUAGUUUGUUCAGCAGUUAGUGAGUGCACUCACUACAUAGCCCUCGGUCUCUCUGACACUAUGGUGUGUAUUUGGGACAGAAACUCUGGUUCUCAGUUGUCUGUCUUGUCCAUGUCAGAUGUGGACAUUGCCAUUUCUGGGAUUCAUUUCAUGGAUUACUGUCCUGGGUCUGUGGAUGACUCCUACAGUGAUGCCAAGCUCCAAAUUUUAGUAAAGUGCAAAAGUGGAGCAAUGUAUACAAUAAUAAUUAUAGGACGAGGAAAGGAAUUGCAUACGCUACAAUUGACUGACAGGGUAAAAGACAUUGGUGACCUCCCAACUGCCACUGCAGCUGUGCCAUUUCUGCAAGCCUUGAUACUUGUGAUUCAAAGAAAUGGUAAAAUAUACCUUCAAGAUGUCAUUAAUAAAACAAAUGUGUGCUCUUUGAUACUACCUGCAAAGCAUGCGCUUGCUGCCUCCUGCAAUCCCCUCUUUGCUCUUAACAGUCGACACCACUCUCUACUCAUCCAAGAUGCCAAGGAUCCUCUUUCUACAGAAGAUGGCCAUAAUCAACUUUACAUUUUCUGCUUUGGAGAGUGUGAAAUUGUUAAGCCAUACAUAAUUACACCCUUAGACUCAAAGGAACAGAACACAUGCCACUUUGUCACACUUAACGAUUUAUCAAACCGGUAUCUACAAGACAGGACACUAUCGGCACAGAAAAGGGCCAAAGACAUAAGGAAAACAUGGAGACAGCUUCAGGAAACAUCAGUGUUGAUAAAGCAAAGGUAUUCGACAAACCACGUUUGAAGAGAAGAAUAUAUAAACUAUACAUUUUUGAUUAGA